CGCGGGAAUCCUGUGGGGAAAACGCGGCGAUAAUGCUGCUGGGCUCAGUCGGUUGAGAGAAAUUGGCACGCGUAUACGAGUUGCGUUCGCUUCAUUCUUCGACGAUCGGUUGGUUGCUGGCUGAUGGCCGAGAUGUGCGUUCCGGUUGACUCUGUGCUCUGCGAAACUCCGUAUUCAUGGGGAAAAAUUCCGAUUCAAUGAAUUAUUAAAGUGUGUGGUUAUCGUGUGGUGCAUUUCUCCCGCUGUCGGUCGGUCGGUGGUGUCGGGAUUUUUUUAUUGCAUUUCAUCCCUCUGGUGGAAAUCAAUUUAGAUCAUGUUAAUUUUUUUUUUCGUGUAUGAAAAGUGGUUAAAAUAUUUGUACGCCUUCUGUGGUGAUACGUGGUGAUUGGUCGGUUUGAUACAGAAUCCGACACCGAGAUACUGCUACUAUGUGUUACUCAUUAUUAAUUAGUGCGGAUCAAACUGGUUUUGUGUACGCUGCAAGAAAUACCAAGAAUCGUCCCUAGUUAUUCCAUUAUUGCAUUACGGAUCGCCUCUGAGCAUUAAUUAUUCGAAUAUAUGCUGUAAUCCGAAUAGAUAACCGCUUUACACACCCGGUUUUUUAUCGUGCUGUCGAAGAGAAUAAAAUUUACAAUAAAAAGCAAUAUUGUCUUUCUACAAUUACAAAAAAUCGCAUAAUUCAAACGACCGUUCAUCCAGAAAAAAAGCAGCAUUAACACCCUGGAACCAGAGCUUCGAUAGCGUUUGGACUCAAAAUGUCAUUUAUGUUGAAAUAUUGGUUUAAUAUCGAAAAUAUUUACCAAACAAUUCAACCGGCAUGUCGCUGUAUGAAAUGGUUCGGCUUUAUGCCGUUCACAUUGUCGGCUUCUGAGCCGGGCAAAAUAAACGAUUCGACGACGCAGCUUCCCCCAUUAACCCUUACUCGGAAAAAACUGGAUAUCCUUCUGCUGGUCCUCUGGCAAGUCUACAUCAUAUCCAUGUACAACACACACUGGUUUUCGUCCCUGUUCAAUGCACCGAUGUCGAAAAUCAUGAUUUUUCUCUCGGUACUGAUGUACGUUCUUGAGGGGAUUCUAACAAGCUGGGUCCAGCUGCGGACGGCAUUUAGCCGGGUCAAGAUUGACGAGCUUCUGCGAUUGGUUCGCUUCUUCGACGAAUUGAUCGAAUCCCUCGGACUGGCAGUCAAUCAUCGCCGGCACCAUCUGGGGCUGGUUUUGCUGAUCUUCGGCACGAUAAUCGGUAUCAUUUUCGUGACGGCAAUCGAGCUCGCAUUGGCAAUGCUUUUUCACGAGAAAAUCUCCCCCGUAUGGGAACAGUUUUUCACGACCGGUGCCACCAUUUACUACUACUUGCUUCGAACUGCCCAAGUGAGCUCACUGGUGAUGUUCCUUGCUGCGAUGCUGGCGUUUCGGGCUCGCUUCCGGCUGUUGAAUGAGGCGUUUCGCAAACAUUUUCUACAAAAAGAAAGCAGCUUCAAUGUUGACGAUACACAAGAAACUUUACGAACAAUUGCUAUUGGACACGAUGCACUGACAGAAGCUAUAGAUCUAUUCAAUGACGUCUGUUGUCUGCAAAUGGUUUACGCCUGUGCCUCGUACGUGAUGUUCUCCAUUUUUAGCAUGUUCUGCAUUGGAGCCCUCGUCUCGUACCAAUCAACCGAUGUCCUCUUCCUGUCACUGUUCUACACGAUAGCGUUCCUCCAGUACUCGCUGCACAUAAUUCCAAUCAUAAAAAUAAGCACUGAUAUCCGAAACGAGGGCAAACAUAUAGCCGUGCUGGUUCAUAAGGCCAUAAAUCAAUCACCACUUUCGGUCGGCUCAAUCAAUCGGCUCAUGCUGUUCUCCAAGCAACUUCAACAGCAGACACCGGCCGUUUCCAGUGGGAUGUUUUCUUUCGAUUGGACACUGUGCUUUUCGAUCCUGUCGACGGUGGCCACCUACACGAUGAUAAUGGUGCAAUUCGAGCUGGAGGUACCGAAGUUCUUCCUGGAUGCCCUGGUGAGCUCAAGUAUUGAGGAGAAUGCAGCGCUGAAUGGAACGUUAUUACUGUGAAAGGCAGUGUUAUGUGCGAGGUGUGUUGCUAUGGGAACAAUGAACGAAAAUCCAAAAUCGAAUCAAAAAAAUGUUAGAAGGUAUGGAUGAAUGGUUUAUAGGUAACGGAUAUGUAGCACAUUUUGUUUAAGGUAAAGUAAUAAAAAGAUAAUUCACAUUGCUAUUUAAAAGCUA